GCCCCGCGCACCUUGCUCAGCGCGCAUAGCACGCAUCACGCAUACCCCCAACCAUGUCUGACCGCGACCAUGGCUUCCACCGUCGGUACGAGACCGAUCCUCCGCGGUACGACCACUACAAUCAGCAAUCCCCUCCCGACAUCCAGUACAAGCAACGCGAGGCAUACCUCAUGACCAUCUCUCCCCGCUCACAAGGCACCGGCAGCACCACCAUCGACGACGACGACUCUCCAAGCGUCCGGCACUCACUCGAGGUCCACCCGCAGUACCGCGGCUUCAAGGCGCUCUACUACCAUCCCGUCAUCCAGGUCUUCUUCCUCGGCGUCGUGUGCUUCAUGGGCCCCGGCCUCUUCAACGCCCUCAACGGCCUCGGAGGAGGGGGGAUGCUCGACUCCACCACGAGCGCGAACGCGAACUCGGCGCUGUACGCCACCUUCGCCGUUGCCGCCUUCUUUGCCGGGUCGAUCAACAACGUCCUCGGUUCCCGCCUCACUCUCCAGAUCGGCACAACCGGUUACGCCCUCUACAUUGGCUCCUAUCUUGCGUACAACCUCCACCGCAAAAUCGGCGCCUUCGUUAUAGCCGCGGGUGCAUAUCUCGGUAUCAGCGCCGGUCUCCUCUGGACUGCACAGGGUUCUCUCAUGCUCGCGUACCCUACCGAGGACCAGAAGGGCAAAUUCAUCGGUAUCUUCUGGUCCAUCUUCAACCUCGGAGGUGUUGUCGGCGCCGCCGUAUCUUUUGGAAACAACUUUGAUAACACCACCGACUCAGUAUCUAAUGGCACAUACAUCGGUUUCAUCGUCCUCACCGGCAUCGGCGUUCUGAUCCCCCUUCUCAUGGCCAACCCGGCCAAGAUGAUACGCUCUGACGGCACUAGAGUCGUCACCCCGCGCCAUCCAUCAUGGAAGUCUGAGCUCUUCGGGCUCUACCUCACCCUGCGGACAGAUCCGUGGAUCGUGCUCCUUUUCCCCAUGUUCUUUGCCAGCAAUUGGUUCUACACCUGGCAAUUCAACGACUACAACGGCGCGAUCUUCACUAUCCGAGCACGAGCGCUAAACAACCUCAUCUACUGGCUCUCCCAAAUCGUCGGUUCGGUCAGCAUCGGAUUUCUUCUUGACCAGCGCGGUCUGUCUCGACGCCUGCGUGCGUUCGCCGGGUGGUCGAUCCUCAUCGUCAUGGUCUUCAUCGUGCACACAUGGGCGUACUUUUACCAAAAAGGUUAUACCCGGGACCAUAUUCCGCACAAGAUCGAUAUCCACGAGGGCGAGUAUGUGAGCCGCUUGUGGCUCUACAUAUUCUGCGGCCUCCUCGACUCCAUGUGGCAGACGACGGCGUACUGGUUCAUGGGAGCGAUGUCAAAUGACCCCGCGAAGCUUGCAAACUUCUCCGGCUUCUACAAGUCGCUGCAGUCGGCAGGCGCCGCGGGCAUAUGGCGAGGGGACGCGGUCAAGCUUCCAUACAUGAACAUCUUCAUCUCGACGUGGGUCCUCCUCGUCGCCGGCCUCAUCUUUGCUCUGCCUAUGAUCCACAUGCGGGUCAAAGAUACGACGGAAGAAGCGGACGAGACACUUGCAUAUAUCAAUUACGAGAGAGACGAGGAGAAACGACAUGGCGACAAUAGCCCCCGGAUACAAUAAAAUGUCGGAGACGGCAAGACAUGCCCCCCUUUGAAUCCUCGAGCGGCCUAGUCUUCCCUUCUCCCUCGUCGUCUCUGUCGUUUAUAUCUGUGCUCUGCUGCGGUUCCGUCGAGCGGCGCCCCCUUUGGAAUGGAGUCAUGUAUUGUUGCUGUGUCGUGUCGUAUUUGCUGUCAUCAUUUGUUGUAGUAUAUUUCCAAGCCGCAUCAGCAUCCCCGUACAUAUACCGUUUAUUCGCCGACUACUCCGGUCAAUGUUGCAGUUAUCCGUCGCCGUCGUCUGUCCUUUCCUUCACAUAUACCACACGGCGUACAUGUAUUACCACCGAGUUUAUAGCUUUCGCUGCCCCCUCACCCCACCUUCCACCCCCUCCUCGGUCGUGCCAUCCACGGUCGAUCUACCACCUUCCCGACGUUAGCCCCGCAGUAUUUUGUCGACGUCGCAUUUACCCACGGAGCACUUGCGGCCGUGCGUCCCGUUCACAUUACGUGGCGGUAUAGCCCUACUCCGCCGCAUCAUCACGACCCCGAUUCACGACCCCACUUGGCUCUCUGCCGCCCCCCAUUGGCCACACCUGUCGGUAUCCCGGUAUCCUCGAGGCUCGCGCGAGGACGAGCUAGCGCGAUCGCCCGCUUGUCCGCUUGUCCCUGGGCGAUCGACGGGUCGGCUCCUGGCUCUCGGGCCCUCGGCUCCCCUCACGCGACGUCGUCGCUGCCGCUGUUGCUGUUUGGACCCGGAUCAGGGGCGUGGGCGGGUCUUGUCGUCGUCGAGACGCAGCGGGACGGUCGGGGCUGGCACUGCACUCGGGAGGAGAUUUGAAUUGUUACGAUGGCUACCGUGUAGUCACGGUCGAUCCAGGCACGUACUACUACCGCUAGUCCUAGCAUACGUACUGUUACGUACAUCAUCAUCAUCAUCACAACAGACCUCUAGCGGUGGCUUUGGAGUCGUGUCCGUGCCGAAAUCUGAUGGGAUGGUUGGAGGGUAAUCCGAUAUAGAGUAGUAGUUGGCUAGUCUGUAUGUUGUAGCUAUCUGUCGGGCAUAAUGAUACUUACAGUCGCU